CUUGCAGCUGCAGCGGCGGCAGCGGGAAGCGCGGAGCCUGCUCCGGGACCCGGCCGCCGGCCUCCGCGCUCGGCUCCUCGGGCGAGCCGGGGGAAGCGUGAAAAGAAGCUCGAGUGGGAGGGAAACCACAGAUAAAUAGCGGCGGCUGCGGCGCGUCAUCUGGCGGAGCAGGAAGUACAGGCAAAGUCCGCCGGGGCUGGGGAGCUUAGGCGGCCGGCCCCAGGACUUUGACAUGGGCUGGGGGAAGCAGCAGCAGCAGCAGCAGGACAGGGGCACGAGCAGCAGCAGGACCAGAACCUGAGCGCAGCCCGACCACGGUGGGCAUGGCAGCAUCCAGCAACUCCAGCUUGUCCGGCUCCUCCGUUUCCUCCGAUGCGGAAGAAUACCAGCCUCCAAUAUGGAAAUCGUACUUGUAUCAGUUGCAGCAGGAGGCACCCCGCCCCAAGAGGAUCAUCUGCCCACAGGAGGUGGAGAACCGGCCAAAAUAUUAUGGAAGAGAAUUCCAUGGGAUAAUCUCACGGGAGCAAGCUGAUAAACUGCUUGCAGGUGUGGAGGGGGCUUAUAUUCUCAGAGAAAGCCAGCGGCAGCCAGGCUGCUACACCUUAGCUCUAAGAUUUGGAAAUCAGACUUUAAACUACAGGCUCUUCUACGAUGGGAAGCACUUUGUCGGGGAGAAGAGAUUUGAAUCGAUCCAUGAUUUGGUAACAGAUGGCUUGAUAACGCUGUAUAUUGAAACCAAAGCUUCUGAGUACAUUUCAAAAAUGACAACCAACCCCAUCUAUGAACACAUUGGAUAUGCCACUUUGCUUAGAGAAAAAGUGUCGAGAAGGCUGAGCCGGACAAAGAAUGAAUCAAGGAAAACAAGUGUAACAAGUGAGGAACACGCCACUAUGGAGAAGCUGGGUGUAAGGGAAAACUAUCGACGAGAUAAAUCCUUGAAACCUAUCGACCCAGCUCCCCCAGAGGACCGUGCUCUUGGGACAAAGAUCACCUCCCUGGUCAGAAGAGCAGCUCUAACGCAAAACGACAACCACUUCAAUUAUGAAAAAACACAUAACUUUAAGGUCCACACAUUUCGAGGACCACAUUGGUGUGAAUAUUGUGCCAACUUCAUGUGGGGCCUCAUCGCUCAGGGAGUUAGGUGCUCAGAUUGUGGAUUGAAUGUACACAAGCAAUGUUCCAAGCAUGUGCCCAAUGACUGUCAACCUGAUCUGAAGAGGAUCAAGAAGGUGUUCUGCUGUGACCUCACAACCCUAGUGAAGGCCCACAAUAUACAGAGACCCAUGGUUGUAGACAUAUGUAUCCGAGAAAUUGAAGCAAGAGGUCUGAAGUCAGAGGGCCUUUACAGAGUCUCGGGGUUCACUGAACACAUUGAAGAUGUUAAAAUGGCUUUUGACCGGGAUGGUGAUAAGGCUGACAUAUCUGCCAGCAUAUAUCCAGACAUAAAUAUUAUCACUGGAGCACUUAAAUUAUAUUUCAGAGAUUUACCAAUUCCUGUCAUCACAUAUGAUACUUAUUCCAAGUUUAUAGAUGCAGCAAAAAUUUCCAAUCCAGAUGAACGAUUGGAGGCAGUUCAUGAAGUCUUAAUGUUAUUGCCUCCAGCACAUUAUGAGACACUCAGAUACUUAAUGAUUCAUCUCAAAAAGGUCACCUUGAAUGAAAAAGAGAACUUCAUGAAUGCUGAAAACCUCGGAAUCGUAUUUGGGCCCACCUUAAUGAGGCCUCCCGAGGACAGCACCUUGGCCACCCUCAACGACAUGCGGCACCAGAAGCUGAUUGUGCAGAUUUUAAUAGAAAACGAAGAUGUUUUGUUUUAAGUCAACGAGGAAAGAAGCUCCCUGGCCUUUGUCUGUUUUGAGCCAGUCAGGGUAAAAGAAUGAAAACGUUUUACCCUUCCCCCACCCCACCUAAACAAAUGACAAAAGUUCCCUGCUUUGGUGGAAUGCCAGAAGGUGUGUGAAAACCUAUGUCUCAUAGACAUAUGUCUCUCUGCUCUUUGCCUUUUCUCUCUUGCUUUGUAUGUAUAUUUGUUUUAAAGAAGAGCAGUUCAUAAAUGGGUGUACCUUUAACUUAUUAAAAUACAGAACUUUAAAUGUUAGUGCUGUCAGAAAUAAAGGGAACUUAAUCGGUAGAGUUGCUUGUAUAGUUAUACAUUUUUCCACCUACAGAGGCAUAAUUCUAUAUGUCAAAUGUUAAAUAGAACCUAUAUUAUAAAAAUUAUUUUUACUUUGGCUUCAGAAGUGGUAUUUUAUUUUAGCAAAAUAGAACUCAAUGCAGUGCAUUGAUUAUUGUCCUAUGUACGGAUUCCUGCAUUAUUGCUGUGAUAUCUUGAAAAUUUUACCACUAAUGCAGUAUUAUCUUGUCAUACCUCUGUCAUUUCCAGUGCUGUCAAAGGAGAUUUCACUUGUGUGUUUGAGCUUUCUAUUCAAUUUGCUUAUUAAGCCCUGGCAUUCUGAUUGUACAGCACUGUAUAUGCUUAAAACAGUUUCAAGUGAUCUGAAAUAGCCACUUAUUUUCUUCCAUAAAGAUGUUGUGAAUUUCCAGAGUUCUAGUCUUAGAUUGUCUUCUCAUACCAUAUGGUCCUUGAAAAAUGGCAAUUUGUAAGUAAAAUAGGACUGGGGCACUGGUUGUUUCUGGCUGUGUUCAAAGUUAGCACUUUUCCCACUCCUCUUUGGAUUGCCUGAAUUUUGGAAAAGACAAGUUAUGUUUUGUUACCUUUCUGUAUUUAUGAAACAGUAUACAGAAAGCACAGAUAUUUUUGUCGAAUGUGUUAUUUUUCAUAAAUAAGUUUGAAUGUGUAAAAAAAGUUGGUAAAUUCAAUUCUCACCAAUUCUUGGUUUACCCCUCCCCAAAAUUAAUCUUCAGUGUUUAUAAUUUAAAAAUUUUACUCUCACUUGUUCCUGUCCAUCAUCCUUUCCAUGCCAAAACUGCAAAAGGGUGAAACACAAUAUGGCAGAAUAUUUAAAAACCAGCAAAUAGAUUGCCAUUUUUUUAAAUCCCCAAUUUUUCCUCUUACUUCAUGAAUCACAUGAUCAGCCACUCACUGAUCCUGUUCUUUGAAUGAUUUCAAAGAAAAGAGUGUACUGUGGGAAAUGAAAAAGUGAGUUAACUGAAGCUGAAAGGGUAACCUGUUCGUUUCUUGUUUCAUCAAAGCCACAAGGGCUAUGCCGACUGGCCCAGUUUGCACAGCAGGUGUCUAAAUGGAUCUCACUUGUUCCUGCUGUUACAGUUCCACUUAAAUGUACAGAUAUAUUUGUUGUAGGUCAUGUAUUUCUUGAUAAUGUCAUAAAAAUGAUCUGAAAAUGGUUUUAUUUUGUGAAGUGAAUGAUGCUUUGUAAUUUAUAAUAUUAUACAUGGAAGGAAAAAGUAUUAAAUGUGUA